GUGGUGUUUUGACUCAACCCGUGCCGCCGCGUGCCCAAUCGAUCGCGCUCGCCUCCGACUUGCCCCGCAGCGAAUCGCCGCAACUUUUCCUCGUUUUUUUCCGAAAUCCAAAGUUGUUUUUCCGACACCGUUCGUCGUUUUUUUUUUUGAAACUCGCUCACGUGGCCAGCCGACAGCGGAUCCCAGCGGUUCUCCAGUUCUCCCGUGCGUCGCCUGAAUUUUAUCAUCGUGUGCUGAGGACUCCGUCAACAUGUCUAUCUUGUUCAAAUAUUCGUGACGAAAAAUCUCUCUCCGAGGCACGCGAGGUUUUUGGCUGAAUUAAAGUCCGGCGAGACUGGAAUGGCCUUUUCUUUCUCCGUACGACAUGUAUGGGAAUUCUUGAUUCUAACCUCACUUUUUAACCUAAGUCUUACUAAUGAUGCCAACUCUUCACCAGUUCUCUAUGGGGUCAGCGUGGAACAUUCCAAGAAGGAGGUCGUCUACGAACCGGACUCGAUCCGCCCGACAGUCGAGGAGGGUAGCCAGGUGACGCUGGCCCUCUACGGCGACAAUUUUCAUCCGAAUAUUGACGUCGGUCUCAACGCUAACAGCGAAAAAUGCAAUUUCCUUUCCGAUGGUCUCAAAAGGAAGGUGGUCCGGAAGUCGGAGCACAUCCUGGAGGUGAGCCUGGAGCUGCCUCACAACGCGAACAAGCAGUACUUCUUCUGCCUGACCCGGGCCGACGAGAACAAGACGUGGGUCCUCGGUAGCAACGAGACGUUGGCCAGCCUCGCCGUCCGGCACACGUCCUUCUUCGAGCUCCCCCUCUGGGCGACCAUCGCCACGCUCAUCUUCUGCGUCAUCGUCUCCUGCAUCCUCUCCGGUCUCAACCUCGGACUCAUGACCCUCGACCGCACCGAUCUCCUCGUGCUCCAGAAUGCCGGCACCGACAUGGAGAAGAGAUACGCCAAGAAGAUCAUGCCCGUCCGGGAGAAAGGUAACUUCCUGCUGUGCUCGAUCCUGUUCGCUUUGACGUGCGUCAACUCGGUGUUCACGGUGGUGCUGGACUCCCUGUUCGUGGGCUGGGUGGCGGUCAUCAUCUCGACGUUCGUGAUCGUGCUCUUCUGCGAGAUCCUCCCGCAGGCCAUCUGCGCCCGCCACGGCCUCAAGAUCGGCUACUCCACCAUCUACCUCACCAUCUUCACCAUGGGCCUCACCUCCCCCCUCUCCUGGCCCAUCGGCAGGAUCCUCGACAUCGUCCUCGGCAAGGAGAUCGGCAGCAACGUCUCCAGCAGGGAGCGGCUCAAGGAACUCAUCCGCGUGACUUCGGAAUUCACGAAAAUAGAAAAGGAAGAAAUUAAUAUUAUUCACGGCGCGUUAGAAUUCGGCAACAAGAAAGUAGAAGAUAUCAUGACUUAUUUAGAUGACGUAUAUAUGAUGUCCGCUGAGACUCUUCUGGACUACCAAACUAUCUCAGGGAUUGUUAGAUCAGGUUAUUCCCGGGUCCCGAUCUACCAAGACGACAGGACGCACGUCAUUGGAGUGCUCAUGGCCAAGGACCUGGCCGUCCUGGACCCAGACGACAACAUCCCGGUCAAAAACAUUUUACAGUGUCACCAUCACGAGCUCAGCUUCGUUCCUGUGGGUACCAAACUUGACGUCAUGUUGAAGAUGUUCAAAACAGGGAUGAAGGGUCACAUGGCGUUCGUCUACACCAAGGACUUGGGCAGCUACAAGGCCGUCGACGGACUCGUCACACUCGAAGACGUCAUCGAGGAGCUCAUCCAGGCCGAGAUCAAUGACGAAACCGACGUCUACACUGACAAUCGAUCCAGACGGAAAUGUGUGCGGCGGAAAAUUUUGCAAGACUUGGAGAAUUUCGCAGUUUCGAAAGGAAGAUCUGUCGAAAUUUCACCGCAUCUGAGAACAGCUGCCUUCCAGUAUCUUAUUACAGAGGUGGAGCCAUUCAAACCCAAAUAUGUGUCUAGUCAAGCUCUGAAUAGACUGCUCAGAUUUGACAUCUAUCAUCAUAUCGCUGGCCAUUCAAUAGAUGGACAGAAUCGUCCACCUUCCGUUCAGUUGUAUACAGAGGGUAAAUCAGCUGAUUAUUUCAUCAUGAUUCUGCAAGGUAAAGUGAUGGUCAAAGUCGGCAUCGAGAAUCUUACAUUCCAGAGUGGUCCCUUUGCAUACUUUGGCAUUCAGGCCUUAAUGAAAGGCAGUUUACAGGCUCUGCCAAUGGCCAACUCCUCCCCGGUGAAUCGCCUCCUGCAGGAUGCUUUCUCGCACUUCUUCCCGGAUCCUGGCCCGAACGAUCUGGACCUCCCACCACCAUCCAUACCGCGGCAAUCUCCAUUCCAUUCGCGAGAGGGCAGCACCCAUGAUGGCGGUGUUCUCGAAGAAGGUGAACUUUCCUCAGAAUCAGCAGCCAUCCUCCUUGAGGCCGUCCGUCUCGAGAUCAAGCAAGACAAUCUUGAACAGAUCUCAAUAAAUGUCCGCAAGGCCCAGCACGCGAGCAAUGCGCUGAUGGAAGCAGAGCGGGAACACACAGCGCUGAACGCAGGAGCAGUGAAACAGCCAGGUCCUGAGCCGCAAGAAUCGGUCGGAGCCUCGCCUCAGAACAGUAGUAAAAGCCAGGGCAGUGUCACAUCUGCCAGUUUCACGCCGUACUACACCGUGAGCACUCACGGAGAGGUAUACUACAUGCGCAUCUCCCGCAGUCUCUACCAGGCCCUUGUGCAGGCCACCAUCAUCGAGCGAACCAAAGAACGCGAUAGAGCCGACAAAGCAUGGAAUCAAAAGAACGGAUCCAUGGAAAACAUAAUUGGUCAUUCAGAGUAUGUUCCAUUGACGGAGAGAGAAAUCUCGCCAGGUAACGAGUCGCACAAUUUCGAAAGCGGUGAGCGGAAACAAGACUCUCAUAAGAUUACCUUUGACGAUUACCUCAGAAACAACUUAAAUAAAUGAAGCUGAAUGACUAUGACCAGAGAAUGAUGUCAAUUUAUCAGAACAGUUGACUCAAAUUCCAGACUUUAUCCAUAAACCCAGACGAUUAAAUUAGUCUUCCAAAUAUUGAACAAAGCUGACGUUAGAAGUUCACAAAUUGCUGGGCUAUCUUUUGAAAUAAAGAGCUUUCCUGCAAGUCUCGUGUAUUUUUUUCUCUGAAUUCGGCAAUGGAAAAGUUACGUCAUAAAACCAGUCAUAAAUAGGUUUAGAAGCUUACUAUUAGUGCAUUAUUUAUAAUUUUUCACAGAGUGUUUCGAAAUAGAGAAGCAGUAUUAUAUGAUAAGUAGUGCGUCAAAGAAGGAAUAAUGUUAUUGGUCAACGUAAAUUCUCACCAAAUAUUGCAAAAUGUUAUUUUAUACAGAAAAAUGUUAUACUGAAUAUUUUUUGCUACUGUACAAAACUUUGCUGUUAUGUUUAGGUUAAGUAUCUAUGCUCGACUUCACUUCUCCUUCUAAUUUUUUAAAGUUUUCUUUUUUUGUGUAGUGUAAAAUUUUAUCACGAUUAGAUGUGAUGAAUCGGAAGCCAUAAAGAAUGUACUAUUGUUAUGGAUAUGAUUCCGAAAAAAAUGGACUGUAUAUCCCAUUGACUAAUUGUAAAUUAGAUUGUUAAAAUUUCUCAAUUUUAAGAGAAGAAUUAUGUUACCAUUUUUUCAUUGUUAUUGUUUGUUAGCUCUGAUUGAGAGGGUAGUUGUUCCAGGACCAGAGUCGAUAUUGCCUUGCUUAAAAAACGCUGUUUGAACGUCGGAACGCUGCCAAACUUCCUCCAAUGAAACAAUCAUUGUCGUGAAAAUUUAUGAAUAUUUUUUUCUGAAAUUUUCAGAUGUUGUAAAUUAAAUUGCAAAGGAUAUUCUCUGAAAAAAUUGGGAGAAAAAGAUCUAUUAGUUUCCCUGAUAACGCGUUUACUAUCGAAGGAAAUUUGGCAACGUCUGAUGGCUUAUACGGCGUUCUGCCUUAGCCUGGCACAAUCCUUGUAUAUUAUACUCUUGAAAUUAUUGAUACAAUGGCCGAACUCUGAUUCUUGAAUGCCUGAUGUUCCAAAUUUCUGGUUACGCUUGCAUUUUUAAAUGGCGAACUAGCUACCGUCAUUUCUUACAAAACUUAUCUUUCCAAACGAACCAUAUUCUGUGAAUAUUUAAAAUUAAGAAGUUGAUUCAUUUUUUCAAAGAGAAUUAAUAUAAUUAAGAGGAAAAGAUGGUGAUAAACGUGCGUGUUUACAUAUCAAAAAGUCUGCAACUCCUCAAAUCAGUACAAAAUUUGCUAAGGUCAAGAAUAUAUCUACUAUUUCACGAAUUUUUUUGCAUUUUUAGAACAACCCGCAUUUUAAUUUUUACCUUUUAAAUAAAUUUUAAAAAGUCCAGGGAGCAGAAAAUAAUGCUACUCAAUCAUUUACGAUAGUUAAUUUUUGAUGAUUCUUCAUGCAAUUUACAUCUCUCUUUGUAAUUCUGUUUUUUAGUUUGUUUUAUAAAUACUUUUUUAUUUUCCUCGUAUGAAAGUAUAGUUCGUACUGCAUGGUAUUAUACCAAAAUAAGAUAGAGCGGCUAUGAACGAAAUGAACGGAAGUUUUAUAGCGUUGCUUAGUGUAAAAAUGGCUAAAACCGUACCUCACAAACGUGCCUUAUUCCAGUACCUUUCAUGAUAUCAAUAAAAUUCUGUUAUCAAAUUUUUGUUAUGGACACUCUGCUUGAGUGCUGGGAGAAUCCAGUAAAAUUUCUAAAAAGAAGCAAGAAUUUGAUGACUAAUGUCUAAAACCAUGUAUCUCCUGUUGCUAGAAUUUCUCAUCAUACUUGUUGUUUUGCGCUGGAAAAUGAUCAAUGCAAUUUCUCAAAUCUUUUGAUUUGUUUCUCUGAGUAAUAAAUUUUCUGUGCAUGAAGUUGGUUUAUUCCUUUCAUAAUAAAAACGGUGAGGAUCCAGAAAUUUGACACGCUGUAAUUGAAGCAUAGGAUUUUAGAAUUUAGUCAUCAGUAUAUGUCCUCAUGAAAUUCACCUUAAUGAUGCACUGAAGAGGAAAGUGAAUUCAGCCGUUACCAUAAGAUUGUUUGUGUAACUUCUAGUUUCUGUAAAAAAUUGUUGAAUGAAACCACUGUUAUUCACAAACUGUUAUUAUUGAUCUAGUUGUAAUAAAUUUCAAAAAAUUUCUUUUGACUUGGA